AUGACAUCUGACGCCAAGAUCCUCCUCACUGGUGCUACAGGCUUCAUCGGGGGCAGUGUCCUCACUGCGCUGCUCCAGUCGUCUGCGUCGUCGCUCCAAUCCGGCCCUAUAACGUGCCUGAUGCGAGGUGCCGACCGCGCAGCUCUCCUUACCUCCACCUACGGUGAGCGCGUCAAGCCCACCGUCUACGGGGGCCUCGAUGACCUGGAGACUACCACCGCCGUGGCCGCACAGCACGACGUCGUCAUCAACACCACCCUGGGCUAUCACUCUGCAUCCACAAAAGCGCUCCUCCGCGGCCUGGCGCAGCGAAAGGCCCAAACCGGCCGUGACGUCUGGCUGAUUCACACGUCUGGUACAUCCAAUAUCGGCGAUAAGCCAAUUGCCAAGCCAGUUGGAGUAAGGGAGUUCGACGAUCUGGUCGACGCUAUAUACGCCCACGAAAAGGCGCUCGAGGCGGCAGAGCCUUAUGCACAGCGGACCACGGAGCUGGGCGUUAUUGACACAGGCCUCGAGCUGGGCGUCAAGACACUUGUCAUUAUGAGUCCCAUUAUCUAUGGAAACGGUACUGGCUUGUUCAACAGGAACAGCAUCCACACCGGGUACAUGAAAGCGAUGCUGCAGAUUGGACAUGCGGUAGUGGUGGGUGACGGGACUGGCCUAUGGGACCACGUUCAUAUAGAGGAUCUAGCUAACUUGUACCGGCUUGUCGUACUGGAUAUCCUGGAGCGGCAAGGUAAAAGUCUACCCACUGGGAAGAAGGGGAUCAUUUUCAGCGCCAAUGGACGGCAUUCGUGGCUGGAGUAUUCGCAAUUGGUGGCGGAUGCUUGCUACGAACGGGGUCUUAUAUUGGAGAAGAAGGUCACCCAUCUCAGCUUAGAGGAAGCGGUAGCGACCCUAAUACCGCACCUCGAUUUUGCUAAGGAGGUGUUUGCGGAGGAAGAUUUAAAAUCGGCUGCGGAGAUGUUCUCCAGUAACGAGAUAACGGUCGCUACUAUUGCGCGGAAUCUUGGGUGGAAUCCGGUGAAGGGAGACGAAGCCUGGACCCAGGCAUUUCGGGAUGAUGUGAACAGCAUCAUCAAGUCUAAGGGGUAA